AUGAAUGGCAAUAAACAGAACGGAUCACCCAUGGAUUCGUUAGCGUCUAACGAUAAUAGUCAAGGAAAUGCGAAAAGUACUAGUAACGCCAAUAUCCAAAGAAACUAUUUCAACAAUAUAGGAACUCCUGCGUUUAACUUUUCACAGAUUCCUCAAGAAGUACUUUCAAAUCUCACCCCUGCACAACUGAGACUGAUUCAACAGAAGCACCAGCAACUUCUGGUUAGUCGAAUCCAACAGCAGCAGCAGCAGCAGCAGCAACAACAACAACAACAACAACCAAUGCCAUCCUCAACAGGAGACAACUCAAAUAUGAACGCAAACAAUUCUUCUGCUAAUAACCUGAGCCCAAACUCGAACGUCAAUCCAAAUCCUGCCGCUAUAAUGCAACAAAUGAAUGUUCAACAAAGACUCGCUCAAAUGAGCCAACAACAGCAAAAUUCGCAACAGCCACCACCUCAGCAACAGUUUCAACAGCAAACACAUCUCACUCAAUCUAAUCAAUCACCAGCAUCUCCAGUGAAUUCACAACCUCAAGUGAAUUUACCGCCACAGAUUGCCCAAUUACCUUUACCAACUCAAGUUCAGGUUUUGACCUCUUUAAAACAGCAGGCUAUGGCAAAAAAUAAUCCAACAGCAGUCUCCACCAUAAGUAUGGCGUUACAGCAUGUACAAAGACAACUGCAAGCUCAACAAGGCCCGGCCCAAAACCUAUCGAACAAUACAACGCGUUCGCCUUCGGUUGCUACCGAUAUACCACCACAAUAUAUGAACAAACAGGACUCACCACAAUUAGGAUCCAGAACUAAUAUGGUGCAACAGGGAGUUCCACAACAAUUUCUCCAACAGCAAGCGCAUGCUAUGCAAACGAAACAUAAAUCCAUAAAACAGCAACACCAGCAACAACAACAGCAAAAUAUGCAAUUUAUACAGCAACCGCAGCAGCAAUUUCAGCAACAAACGCCAACUUCUCAGGCACCUCCUCCAAUGCCUCCUAUGACUAUGCCAAAAUUAGAUUUACCAAAAUAUCAAACAAUUAAAUAUGAUCCACCCGAAAUUAAAUUACCUGUGUCAAAUUAUUGGUCUUUGAAGGAUAAAAAAAAUAGCACUACUGAUACGCUAUUGUACGAACAAAUAAUCAAGAGGGAUAAGUCAUUUAAAGAGUCACAGAAAAAGGAAAUUUCAGGAUAUGAACCUUUUAGCAUAUAUGGAUUCAGUAAUAAAGAAUACAUAGCGAAACAAUUUCACAGUCUGAAGUAUUAUCAAGAUCUGAAAAAUACAAGAAUGCAUUCUAUUACCUCUACAUCGAACAAUACUCCUUCCGCGAGUAUAUGGGGGAAUGGUUACAGCGGAUAUGGUAACGGUACCACUAACACUACAACAAAUGUGGUAUCUGAACAUAAAAAUACUGGGAGGAAGCAUUAUCAUGUGAAUGAGGAAUUAUAUUAUAAACUAGAAAUGAACACCGAAAAUAAAGAUGAUGAUUACGAAAAUCUUGUACCCAUAAGAUUAGAAUUCGACCAAGAAAAGGAUAAAUUUUUUCUAAGAGAUACUUUAUUAUGGAAUAAAGAUGAAAAAUUAAUCAAACUUGAUGAUUUUGUUGAAGAUAUGCUACUGGACUAUCGUUUUGACAACAUUCGUGUAAACCAAUUUAGUGAAGUGGUUAAGCAAAGUAUUAAAGAACAAAUAUCAGAGUUUCAGCCCAAUCCAUAUGUUAAAUUAGCCAAAGAUCGUAUCGGUGGUGACGACUUACGUAUAAAAAUUAAACUAGAUAUAGUAGUAGGACAUAAUCAGCUGAUUGAUCAAUUCGAAUGGGAUAUAUCAAACGCUGAAAAUUGUCCGGAAGAAUUUGCGGAAAAUAUGUGCCAGGAAUUACAAUUACCAGGUGAGUUUGCUACCGCUAUCAGCCAUUCUAUAAGGGAACAGGUUCACAUGUAUCAUAAGUCAUUAGCGCUAUUAGGUUAUACAUUUGAUGGAUUACCAGUAGAAGAUGACGAAGUAAGAAGUAGACUUCUCCCGAUGAUUACAUUAGAUGGUAUUUUUAGACCGCCAAAUGAUGCUAAGAAUUACACACCAAAUCUUUUGCAAAUAUCUGCCGCAGAACUGGACAGAUUGGAUAAAGAUAAGGACAGAGACACUAGACGCAAGAGGAGACAGGGUCGUUUCAAUAGGCGUGGGUUGGGUUUGUUCAGCAGUGCAAGCAAUGCUAAUCUAACUGCAUCAUCACUAACUGCGUCAUCUUUGAACACUGGAGGUGCAUCUAAUGCUGCAGCUCAAGCUGAAAUAUUAUUACCUGACAUAUCCGACAUACCAAGAACAUUCAGAACACCUAUGCCCAGUACCAUUGCACCUGGUGGAGUUGAUCUUGGGCCCUCAGUCAGUUCCUAUGACAUCAAAACUAAUGUAACAUAUAGUCCAAGACCAGAGAAGCCUAAACCUUACAUGGGCCCCUGUUAUAUUGUAGAUAACAUUCCAGGUAAGACCCUGUUAUUGUCGAUCAAAAUCCCACCAACUAAGUUAAGAGAUACAUUGGCCUUGAAACGAGAAGCCACGGAGCCCAAGAUAGACGAUGUUAUCGCUCCGCAACACGAAUCACAACAGGCAUUACAACCUACAUCGCCACCGUUACAACCAGAUGACAAGAAAGGUAGUGAAAACACACCCAUAAGCAACUGA